GGCAUUUGAAGAACAGCACUAGCAGCACUGCGCAAGUUGACCUGCCUGUAAGACCCUCGGUCGGUAGCCAAGCGGGAGAUGGCAGGUAAGCUUCCAAGCCAUUUGGCAUCAUUUUUGCGCCACCAGCCAGUGGGAUCUACUAGUUCUCAGCAAUCUGCUGCAGACACUGGAAAGGCUGCAAGGAAGAAAGCUGCUCGGGUGAAGCGAAGGGCAAAGGCAAAGGAUGAUCGUGCAGCGGAUCGGGCGGAAAAGGCAGAACAGAAAAAGCGUCAGAGUGCAGCGGCUGUCACAGAGAAACCCUCGGCAGAAGAGUUCAAGGAUGUGCCCAGAAAGAAGGCACUCAAGAAAAAACAGCAAAAAAGGCAUGGUGCAAAAGAGUCCAAGAAAUCUGCGAAGAAAGCAGUGACAGAGCGCACAGAGACGGAGGUGAAAAGGUCGUUUGACCCAGAAGGAGCAGAAAGAGACGCGGCACUUCUCAGUGAUCUUGAAAAGAAAUUGGGUCUAGCAGGCAAUGACAAGCGCAAGCGAAAGGAAGAGAAGCAGAUGUUUGAAGACUUGGGCUUUGAUGCUGAAGAUUUGGGAAUCGAAGAGCUUCCAUCAUCAGACAACGAAGAUGCCCCUAGUCAGACUUCGGAAUUGGUGGAAUUGAAAGAUCAAGACAUGAUGGGCUUGAUUGAUUCGAUAUUGGGCCAAUCUGGGGCAACCAUGAAGGCCAAAGGUGCCAAGAAACGGCUGAAGCCCCGAGGAAAGGCCAGAGCGUAGUGUCUCAAGACAGUUUCACAGGAUAUCCCAGCAUGAAUGGGACCCGCAGCAAAAGGUUACGUACUGUAAAUGCUUCCAAAACCAUUGAAGGAUGAACCAAGAGGAAGUUGUUGACUCCGGCAGAGGGAGUGUGAAACCUUUUACGUAUGAGCUAGGACAUGGCAGGUUCGCUUGGUUGGCACAUUGCGG